GACGCAGAAGGCGCUUCUGGCUUUUGCGGUGCGCACGCAGCCGGCUGGAGCUGCAGCGUGUGGAUGCCGCAGCCUGGAGCGCGGUGGGGGCACCUGGAAGCCGCCAUCGCGUUGUCUACGCAGUAGACGGCGGGUGGUCGGUGCUGAAGGUCGCCGCGCAGGCCGGGAGCCACGAGCCGGAGCUUCGGUUGGCGCGCAAUUCUCGUUUGCGCGGACUGUUCCGGAGCGUGAUCGGACGCAGCGUUUGCGCGCUGAUGAACAGAAUGGAGUGGCAGCGGCGGGAGCUGCACUUCAUUGCGUCGGAGCGCGUGCCGCCGCUAUCAGAGCAUCUCCGGGGCGCGGACGUUGGGAUUUGUGGCCAGACAUUCGCUGCGGCGGUCGGCCACGCGAGCGCGGCGCGCUACGAGCUCGGCGAUGUCGUGGCCGGCAGCGGGCGUAAUGCGGCUGCCAUCGCGCAGGCGGUGCGGGGCUUGUUGGAAGGCGCAGAGGAAGGCAGCCUCGCGCCGGCGCUGCAGGUUGGCGGCGCGUCGGCGCGCGCUGCUUCUGUCACCAGGAGCUUCUGCCAGGGCCUGGACGCACUCGAGACGAGCCUCGGCGUCGGUCAAGAAGAGGAAGCCGUGUCUGCGUGCGUGGGGUUGCGUGCCAACGGCUGCGCACUUGCGGCGGUGGCGGUGUUCACGCACGAUCCGGCGACGGACGUCCUGGCGGGGAAGCGGCGUCUUGCCUCGCGGCGCUUCGCUCCAAUGUCUGCACGCUGCGCUCGACGGCGGCGCUGGUAA